AUGUCACGGGCAGCAGCGGCAGCGGCUACCUCUCCAGCGAUGCCUUGCGUGUCGUCUUCCUCGCUGACCUCUGACAUCGAUGCCCACAUCCCCAACGCACACGACGCUCGUGAUGGUGCUACUGAGGCUUCGCACAGCACGCUUGCAGAACCCCGCCGUCAGCGCAAGCUGUGGACAGAGGACGAGAAACGUAGAUUUUGGAGGCAGAAGAAGUUAGAGAAGAGGGAGCGCAGGAAAGCCGUCGCCGCUGACCGGCAAAAGGCGCAGCAGGAGCUAUGGGAGCACCUGUCAGAGGAGGAGAAGAAAGCUCGCCGCACUGAGGCGACACUGUUACACGAGAGACGUCGGCAGGUGGAGGCAGCCCUAGUGAGUCGGUGCGAGGCCCAGCUUGCCAAUCCUCAUGUGCCGGCGAUUGUGUUUGACCUCAGCUUUGCGUGGUGUAUGACGGUGGCAAACACAAAGAGCACCGUAUCGCAGGUGAAGUUCAGCUACAGCGCCCUGCGCACUGCCGGCUUCCCCUUUCGCCCCAUCAUUACGUCGCUGAUGGGCAAGGAGGCCAGUGACACCGAGCACGACGUCACUGCCCAGGCUGCGGUGCUGCAGACUCUCGAAAACUUUGAGGGCUUUCGCCGAUUCCCACCUGUUGUCACGCAGGCACAGCACUGGAGUGUGCUCUUCGAGCCAAAUCAGGUGGUUUUCCUCACCGCUGACGCACCAGAUGCCCUCACCAGCAUUGAUCCCGGCACAGCAUACAUUGUUGGUGCCUUCGUAGACCAUAACGCGCACAAGGGGCUGAGCUAUGCCUCCGCGCAACGCCAUGGCGUGCGCACGGCUCGACUGCCCAUCAGGGAGAGUGUGGUGCUCGGCAACCGGUGCAAAGUGCUGACGAUCAAUCACGUAGUAGAGGUGCUCAUCCAAUAUGAGCAUCUGCGCGCCGCAGGGACCCCAGACUGGGCACAGGCGAUUGACAACGCACUGCCGACGCGCCGCACCCGACAAGUGAUGAAGGGACGGCGAAAGCGCCGGCGAGUGGGCGAGGCCGGAUCAGAUGAGGAGAGGGACGAUGGUGAUGAGGGCAGCGAUGGCGACAACUCAAAUUGCACGCCGGUCAAUGCAAGCGACUCUCCAGCUGCUGAUGGGUGCCCGUGA